ACAUUUUGUUUACUUUGAAAUAAAGAUUAUAAAAGUAAUAAUUAUUCAAAAAAGAAAUAUUUUUUUUCGAAUCUAUAUUAUAGGUACAACACAAGAUUCUCGUAAGUAAGAAACGAGAUGAGAGAAUCUAGGAAUAGCAGUGAAAUGUCACAAGUCAAGUUGAGCCAAAAGAAUAAAGACCCAGAGAGUGCAAUAAGUUGUUUAACCACAAAUAACUUUUCUGUGCCAGCGGUGGAGUUAAACACGAAGAAGAAAAACACAGCAUUAGACGAGAUGAGAGAAUCUUGGAACAGAAUCAAAAUGUUAAAAAACAAGUCAAAACUAAAGAAAACACACGAGCCAAAAGCUGAUGUUUCUAUACCAGUGAUGAAGCCAAACACUUAUAAUGAAACCAUAGAUUUAGAUCGGGUAAAAGAAAUUCAAAAAAGGUUGCCGUUUUUGCAGGUAAUCCCGGAGUCACUUAUUCAAAUUUUAAUGACUGAAAAGAAACAAGACAACAUGACAAUAACAAAAACGAAUGUACAAAAUCUGAUGCCAAUAAAACAAGCAUCAGCAACUAGUUUAGCCACAAAUAAUAAUUUUGGGCCGGAGCUGGAAACAAACCCUAUUAUAAAAGAUAUGGAACACCUAUUAUUAGAACUUCAGAAAAGUAGUGAAAUGAUACAAGAAUUAAUACCGAUACAAACGAAUACGGACGAACAAAAUGCAGAACCUGAUACGCAGUCAAUAAAACACACACCACCAGCUACGUUAACCACAAAUGUUAAGAAACCAAAAACGAAGAAAAAAAACAUAGCAUUAAAAAAAAAUCAGAAUCGAGAAAUGGCACAAACCAAGGUCAAAAAACCAAUACAAAUGAAUACAGACGAUCAAACCGCAGAACCAGCCACGGCGCCAAUAAAAAAUGAACCAGCUAUUUUAACCAUAAAUAAUGUUUCUUUACCACAGGAGAAACCAAAGUCGACAAAAGAAAGUAUUGAAUACUUAUUAAAGGAUUGGAAAAAAAUUAAAAAUAAUGAACCGAAACAAGCCCAACUCACUCAAAAUAAUAUGAAAACACCAAUUGCGAAACCGACGACGAUGUUAAUAAAACACAACCCAGCUUCUUUAAAAUCAAAUAAUGUUUUCUUGCCAUUAGAUAAACCGAAAAUAACGACGAAAAUUGAACGAUUAGACGAGAUAAGAAAAUUAUGGAAUGACAAUCACACGAUACAAUAUAAGUCAAGAAAAACGAGUAGAAAUAAAAUGCAAAAUGCAAAACUUGCCUGUUCAACCAAAGAUAUUUUUUCUCUGCUAUUGGAGAAACCAAAAUCAAUGGAUGACUACAUACAAGGCGCAAUAGAAGAGUUAAGAAAAUAUGAGAAGAACUACCACCUUGUUAUACAUCAGCAGAAUACGAUCAAUAAAAGAGUAAAAUCGAACAGCAUCUGGACGAAACAUUCAACACCUAGUUUAACAACAAGUAAAGUUUCCUUACCAGUGGAUAAACCUAAAAAGAAAAAUAGAAAUAUAGAAAAUAUAGACUACCUAUUAGCUAAGAUGAAAAAUAUUCAGGAAAGAUAUGGCUUUAAGCCGAUGAUAUUUAAACCGACAGCAAAGAUUAUUAAUAAAUUGCCAAUUGUGAGACGUGUCAAAAUGUCAAAAAAACACGCUGUACCAUCUCGUUUAACCAGUAUUUCUAUGCCAAUGAAUAGACCAAAAAUCAUGAAAAAUAACAUCUCAUUUAAUUCGUCCGGAACACUUAAGAAUGGCAGUAAACCAGCGUGGAAGUUUUAGCAACUUGCAGUAUCUAUAGGUAUAUACCUAUUUGCAAUAUCAAUAUUUGGUAGUGCCAGAAAAUGACAACAUUCAGUUAUACUGGUAGCAGUAUAAUAAAUAAUUUACUAAAUAAUGACUAUUUAAAUAGACAUUAAGAAUUAGGACUAAGUAGAACACAAUUUAUUUUCUAUAAAUAAGCUAAUUAUAAUUAUAUUCAUUAAUUUCUAACUAACCCAAAAUGGAGUAAUACUAGUUUUAUGACUUUUGAUUUAACUAAACUAUACGAGUAGAAUAUAAAUAAUUUAUUGGAGAAAAUAAAACAUUAAUAUAGUAAAAUAAUAAAAAUACAGUCUCGUGACAAUAUAAAACAUAUAACAAAAUACCUACUUAAAUACAAAUAUAAGAAAAAUGUCCCCCCUGAAGUUCUUAUAAAUAAACCACGGCAAACUCUUUAAUGAUGAUUUAAACGUUGUAUUAAAGUUGAUUAUUCUUAGAUCACGGUAAGAUUUCAGAAUAACAAAAAAUAUAUAAAAUUAAAAUAAAUACAUUUCUUUACAUUAUUUAAUGUGUAUCAAAGCAUUUUUAACUACGCGUAAGACAUUCAUAACUUAAAUGUUUAAUAAUUGUAAAUGUAAACAUUUCUCUUUAAAAGAAAAUUUUAAAGAAAACAAAUAACUUUGAGCUCAAAAUUCACAACUUAUAGUCAAAAGAAACUUAUGGAACACCAUAAAAAUUAAAAACUCUUGGAAAUGCUAAACAAUUGAAAAUGUGUCACUUACACACACAAGACACACCUAUAAUUUUUCUACUAUAGCAGAUAGUAUUUUAAUUUUAGAUUCUAUAUGAAAAUUAAUUAAAAGUUUCUGUUAGGUAUUACAAAUACAUUUAAAAUCUUAAAAAGAAUAAGAAGUCUUUGACAACAUUAAACAUUUAAAAGUCACUUACACACACAAGAGUACAAGACACACCUAUGAUUACAUUACUAAAUUAAUAUUUUAAUAAUAAUUUUUUUUAUUUUAUUUUUUGUUGUACAAUCUGUGAAAAUAUUUUUACAAUAAGUACAAGUGAGAAAAUUUGUUAACAAUAUUUGCAAAUAAGUAAAUAUGGAGACAGUAGUCAAGAUCGAAGAAGCCAACCGUUGUUGGGACUUGAAUAAUUUGCAGUCCUUAAAACUGUUUGGAUAAAUAUGGUAUUCUUGGAGUGUGUGGUUAAAGACAUAAUAUGGAGCUAUUUUUAUUUACCGGAGACAUUUGGAUCUAAAUCUAAAAAAUAAACUACUAAUAUAUGAUGUAUGAAAAUGGUGCUCAAACCUAGGUAUGGACCUAUGACAUAGGUACAACACUGGGGAACUGUCCACCCAUCCAAUAUCAAAAUAAUACUAACGUUCCAAUCCAAAUGUCUCCGGUAAAUAAAAAUAGCUCCAUAUUAUGUCUUUAACCACACACUCCAAGAAUACCAUAUCUAUCCAAACAGUUUUAAGGACUGCAAAUUAUUCAAGUCCCAACAACGGUUGGCUUCUUCGAUCUUGACUACUGUCUCCAUAUUUACUUAUUUGCAAAUAUUGUUAACAAAUUUUCUCACUUGUACUUAUUGUAAAAAUAUUUUCACAGAUUGUACAACAAAAAAUAAAAUAAAAAAAAUUAUUAUUAAAAUAUUAAUUUAGUAAUGUAAUCAUAGGUGUGUCUUGUACUCUUGUGUGUGUAAGUGACUUUUAAAUGUUUAAUGUUGUCAAAGACUUCUUAUUCUUUUUAAGAUUUUAAAUGUAUUUGUAAUACCUAACAGAAACUUUUAAUUAAUUUUCAUAUAGAAUCUAAAAUUAAAAUACUAUCUGCUAUAGUAGAAAAAUUAUAGGUGUGUCUUGUGUGUGUAAGUGACACAUUUUCAAUUGUUUAGCAUUUCCAAGAGUUAUUAAUUUUUAUGGUGUUCCAUAAGUUUCUUUUGACUAUAAGUUGUGAAUUUUGAGCUCAAAGUUAUUUGUUUUCUUUAAAAUUUUCUUUUAAAGAGAAAUGUUUACAUUUACAAUUAUUAAACAUUUAAGUUAUGAAUGUCUUACGCGUAGUUAAAAAUGCUUUGAUACACAUUAAAUAAUGUAAAGAAAUGUAUUUAU